AUGCCAAGGAUAACUGCAUCAAAGUGUAAGCGGGCAAUUCAAAAAGUGACUACAAGUCCCACUAAAGCAUUGCGUGACAUAUUGGGCUACAACAAGCGCAUCCAAACAUCAUACAUGCAAGAUGGAAAGGAUUCAGAACACAAAAUUAUAGAAAUGUAUGAACAAAGAAACAAUGUCAAUGUCCAACCAUGUGGAUUUUUCAUAUCUGUCACCCAUCCGUUUCUUGGUGCAACACCAGAUGUUUGGUUUGGGGAUGAGGGUAUAAUUGAAGUAAAAAAGAUCCACCCACACACUGCAGAAUCCUUACUGGAUGCCCUCAAAAGGCAAUGUAUAUUAAAGGAAACAGGUGAUCAAAUCUCAUUUAAUAACAAUCACCCCUACUAUUACCAAAUUCAACAACAGCUGUUUUGUUCAAGAAGGUUAUGGGCUGAUUUUGUUGCUUCAGAUGGAAAGGCUAUAUUUGUUCUGAACACUGCUUACUGCCAGAAAUUUUGGGAACAGCAACUACCCAGGCUUAGGAAAUUUUAUUAUGACAUUAUUUUAUUGGAGCUUGCAUAUCCUCGGGUUAAGUUUGGACACAGUAGAAUUGGUAAACUUGGAAUUACAUAUGAAUCUCUCAGCACUGUUGUAAGAGAGGAAUAAUUAUUAUACAAAUACCAUUGAAUUAUUAGGGCUGC